GUUAAUGCUAGCUUUGUUCUCCUGUUAGCUCUGUGUUUCCGCCAAACUCAACGACAUUUUAAUAUGUAAAAUAACUUCUACAAAUAGUCCACAAUCUCGGUCGUUCACCUGUAUUGUUGUUUAAAGUUAAAGCUUCGUUUUUAAUUUAUGUUUUUGCCGUAAACAUUGACAGAAGCUAACUUAAGCUAAAGUCACAUGGGUUCUGCACGGAGGUGACAGCUGAGCGUUAAUACAGCACGAUGAGACUGUUUGUCGGUCUUAAAACGCGGCAUUUGGCCCAAAAAGUCUUCAGUCCAUCUGCAGCAGUGCGAUGGCCCCGCCCCCUGUGCACCUGUUCACCUGCAGAGAACAAGCCCCACCCCUCGAUGCUGAAACACUUGACAUCUAAGAUCAAGUCGACAGGUCCGAUCUCUGUGGCCGAGUACAUGCGGGAGGUGCUCACCAACCCUGUCACUGGUUACUAUGUGAGGAACAACAUGCUGGGAGUAGAGGGAGACUUCAUCACUUCUCCGGAGAUCAGCCAGAUGUUUGGAGAGUUAAUAGGUGUGUGGAUCAUCAGUGAAUGGAUGGCGGCAGGGCAUCCGGAGCAGGUGCAGAUUGUGGAACUGGGUCCAGGAAAAGGCUCUCUGACCAAAGACAUCCUCAGAGUGCUGCAUCAGCUCAGGUCGGUGAUGGGCGGAGCUUCGGUCUCUGUUCACCUGGUGGAGGUGAGUCCUGUACUGAGUGCGCUGCAGGCCCAGGCACUGACGGGAAGUGAGAGUCAUGUAACCACAGAGGGGGAGGAGCCUGUGUAUCGCCGUGGAAAUACCCCCGACGGGCUGCAGGUGUCGUGGUACAAACGCAUCCAGGACGUUCCCCCAGGGUUCAGUGUCCAUGUGGCUCAGGAGUUCUUUGAUGCUCUGCCCAUUCAUAAGUUCCAGAAAACUCCCAGAGGCUGGAGGGAGGUCCUCGUGGACAUCGACCCUGAUAGAGAUGAACAGCUACGGUUUGUGCUGUCUCCAAACGCUACGCUGGCCUCCACUACUCUCAUACAGCCCGGGGAGCGUCGUGAGCAUGUGGAAGUGUGUGCAGAAGGGGGUGUGGUUUUGCAGCACCUCUCGAAGAGGAUCAGUGAAAGGGGAGGCGCUGCUCUUAUCGCAGACUAUGGACACGAUGGGACCAAGACUGACACCUUCAGAGGGUUCAAAGAUCACCAGCUCCAUGACGUGUUGACCUCCCCGGGGUCAGCUGACCUCACAGCAGAUGUGGACUUCAGUUACCUGCGCAGGUGUGCAGGGGGCGUGGCCUGUGUUGGACCUGUCAGUCAAAACAGCUUCCUCCGAAAUAUGGGCAUCGACGCAAGACUGCAGGUUUUGUUGAAGAACUGUCCAGACUUGGCCUCUCGCUGUCAGCUGCUGCGCUCCUACCACACUCUCAUGGACCCGGGGCAGAUGGGAGAGAGGUUCCAGUUCUUCGGAGUCCUGCCCCUGAGCCGAGUCCAGAGACCGAGACCACAGACCGGACUAAACCUUGACAAGACCCAAAGGCCAGCCCCGCUCCCUGUGGCCGGAUUCACAGAGCUCAAAUACGCUUAAAGUGCAUAUGACAAGUUUUCCCUGUCCUGGGGUUAGUCUGCUCUGACCCUCCCUGUGCUCCAGAUGUCCAGGGCAAACGAGACUCCAAGCCACUUCAUCUUACAAAAACACAGGUUCAUUUAUUAAAAAUAAAUAAAUAA